AUGGCGGCGUUGCUGCACGCGAUGUGGGUGAGGUAUCUCGACUCGCUCAAGCAUCGCCCUGUCCUCACCAAGGCACUCACGUCGGCGUCGCUAGCGGCCGUGAGCGACCUGAUGGCGCAGCGACUGGCGUCCCGCAAACCCGUGGAGCUCAGGCGUACGAUUCUCAUGUGGCUGUUCGGGCUGCUCUACAUGGGUCCCUCGGCGCACAUGGUGCAUCGUGCGCUCGACGCCAUUUUUGCAGCCAAGAGAGACACCAAAACCGCGCUAAAAAAGGUGGUGGUCGAGCAGUUGACAUACGGCCCGUGCUGCAAUGUGGUGGCCAUUACAUGGAUCGCCUAUGUGGUGGAGCGACGCUCAUGGAAGGCAUCCAAGAGACGGCUCUUUGCUGCAUACCCAGGGAUCCAGAUGAACGGAUGGAAGGUGUGGCCGCUUGUAGCACUAAUUAACUACAAGUUUAUUCCAUUCAACCUCCGUGUGCUCUUCUCCAAUGUUAUCGCCAUCUUCUGCUCACCCGCCAUGCACCGUAAGCCGGUUCUCCUCUCGCCCGCCAAGGAAUGGCGCGACCCAAUAUUCGCCGCGCCUUCACCGUCUCGUAAGGAUACCGGACCGCUCACUACCCCGCGGCACCGAGAGCCGCCGCUCUCCCCAUUCCGCUCGCCAUUGAUGGGCUCCGCCAACCCUGCAAUCCCCGCGGGGUCUCCUCUCGGGUCGCGCUCCCGCCGCGCCUUGGCCUCUCCGGUGCGGGACGUGCGCCAGGCGGACCGCGGGGACCACGGCGGCGGCGGGGGAAACAGCAAGCGGUUGGCGCAGCUCUGCAUUCUCCGCACAGCGCAAGCGCAACUAAACUCCGCGCACUUCCUGCGCCCCGCGUCUUCCGCGCAGCCGUCCCCCAUCUUCUCCGCCGAGUCCCCCAGCUCUCUGCUGUGUCAGGCGGGGAGCGCGCUAUCGUCUUCCGCGCAGGCGCGCGCGUCGUUUGAGUCGGUCCAGGCGCCGUGCAGCGCGCCGAGCGGUCCCAUGUCCGCGCGGGAGGGCGCAGCGGACAUGUUCGACCCUUUUCUCCUCCCCGCGCCCGCCUUUCCGCUCCGCGACCAGCCCUCCUCCCCUCCGCCCCUGCCGGUGGCGCAACCCCCGCAAGCGCCGUCGGCGGACGACACGGGAGCAGCUUCCACGGACCGCGGAGACAGAUGUGAGAUGGCGGAGCCUCCCCAGCAUGCUGAUGACGAUGCCACGGCAGCUGCUAUGGCGGCGGGAAUUGCGGAGAAGAAUAUGACAAUGGUGAGGGAUGAACGGAAUGGGGAGAAUUUGGGAGGGCAGGAGGGGAACGGGGUCGGGGGUAUUCGGAUGGGGGUCGAAAAUGGCGCGCAGAUGGGCGUAAUGCGGGCGGGGAAGGCGUAUUUGGCGGAGCCUUUGACAGCGCGCGCGGGCGCCGUGUGUGCAGAUCGCGAGAACGUGGGGCGCAUUGACAGCCGGGGGAACUUGGGGGGGAAGCGGGGGGACCAUCUGGGCGCGUGCAGCCGUGACGCGCAGAACGCGUCAGUGCGAAGCACGCUCAUGGAGCUGGCAGCCAAUAAGAAGCUGCCACAUGGCCCGCGCAAGGGCGACCCGAUGUACGAGUGCAAGCGCUGCCCCUUGGCUUCCCCCGCCCGCUCCCCCCUGUCCCACUCCGCCGCGCUGACUCCCCCCGUGCACCUCCCCUCCCGCCUGCACAUCCCUGCUGCGCUUACUGGUCUCACUCGCGGGGGGAAUGGGGGGGUGGGCAUGGGGAGGCUGGGGCUGGUUGCGCCGGUUAGCUGUGGGAGCAGCCCUAGAGGAGACUCUUCCUCUCUGUGGAGCCAGCAGCAGCAGCAGCAGUACGGGCAGCAACAGCAGCAGCAGCAGCAGCAGCAGCAGCAGCAGCAGCAGCAGCAGCAGCAGCAGCAGCAGCAGCAGCAGCAGCAGCAGCAUCAACUGUUGGUGCAGCAAGUGAAGCAGCUACAGCAGCGGCACCUGAGUGAGUCGCAGUGCAAAGAAGAUAUUCAUAGCUUUGCCAUGCUGUCUCUCUCCCGUUCCGCGCGGCGCGUUCUGCGGGCCAGCGGAGCCAACGUCGGCACCGCACUGCUUUUAACGAGAAGCACUAUACAGCGUGUAGCCCCGGCCGCGUCGUACUCGUCAAAUCAAUUCGGCGAGAGAAAGGGAUCGUACCGGCUGCAAUCGCAGGGCUACAAGGCGGGAAAUCAGCAACGGUCAUAUGAGAAGCAGUCGUACGGAGGACAAGAGUACCCGCAGUCGAGUCAGUAUAAGCGGUCCGAUCAGCAACCGCCGUCGCCGAGUCAGUUUUCCCAGUUCGACCAGCAGCCGUAUCAGUCUAGAUCGCCGGGUUCCUAUCAACGACAAGGCGAGCAGCAGCAACCGCCGCAACAGCCGCUGCCUCCGCCGGCGGCGCAGCAGCAGCAGCAGUACGGGCAGGAGGAGCCGAGCGAUGAGAUCAAGACCAUUGAAUGGCAAUCCGAUCUGUCGAAUUCCGUGAAUCUGAUUGGCAACUUGGCAGCGGACCCAGAGUACCGGUUUCUCGACAGUGGGAAGUCCGUGGCGAGUGUGAAGCUGGCCGUGGGGUGGAAGAAGGGCAACGGGGAGAAGCACACUGACUGGUACACAAUACAGAUGUGGAACGACGUGGCUACGCUUGCACAGAACCUCAAGAAGGGUGCGCGCGUGUAUGUGAAGGGGCGGCUGCACAUGGAGGAAUACACAGACAGCAGGGGGGCGACGAGGCUGGAUCCCAAGGUGGAUGUGAAGCAGAUAGCCCUCGUAGCCAGCAAAUUCGGCAGCAGCAACAACAACCAGGGCAGCAGCAGCAGCAGCAGCAGCAGGGGGCGUGAAAGCAGUCCUGGGGGCAGUUACAACCAGGGGGGUUACAAUCAGGGGAGUUACAACCAGGGGGGUUACAACCAGGGGGGUUACAGCCAGGGGGCGUACACCCCGCAAGAGACCACCUAUCCUGCACAGAACAGCUACAGCAGCAAUCAGGGGAAUUACGGUAACCAGAGCUUUGGUAACCAGGCGGGGAGCGGCGGGCAGGGGGGAGCGAUGGAUGCACCGGUGGUGGUUACAGAUGACAAGGGGCUGCCUCGGAUUCCACGAUUUGAUGGCAAACUGAAUGCCGGGCAGGUGGAGGCAUUGUGGCGUGACUUCUUUGACGAUCCAGUGCAAUUCUUUGACUACCGGGAGAUGAAGCAACACGGGGAAGUGCCACCCAAGUAUCCGGACUUCAAGAAGCUAGCCACGGGCGAGCCGCUGUGGGUGGAGAGCCGCGGAACCCCCCCCUGGGUUCACGACUCCUUGCAGAAAUACGAUGAUGCCUUUGCUGCAGCCCUGGCAGGCAUGCCGCUUGAGGGGCAGGGGUCCGAGGAGGGUGCUGCUGGUGGGGAGCAGUUUCAAGAGGAGUUUGGGGGAGGCGCGAUGGACGCUCGUGGGUUUUGA